AUGAACGUCCGCUCGCCCACUCAACCCUCCUCGGCAUCCACGCCAUACGCGCAAACCCAACCCCGUCUCUCCCGAUUCACCCUCCGCGGCUUCCUCUCCUUGCCCCGAAGACUCUGCUCUCCACCCGCCGCCGUUGGCAAAGUUCGCUCCUUCGGUCUCACCCCCAUCUUUGAUGUCAAGCUCGAGGAUGUCCUCGAUCGCAAGCACCUCCCGCCCCUUUCCCUCAAGGAUUUCGAGGAGUGGCUCCUGUAUGUUGAACAGUCUGUCGAGAACCUCUACUUCGUCCUCUGGCUGCGCGAAUACACUACCAAAUACGACCGUUGGAUCGCAAAGGUCCGAACCAGAGAAGCAAAGGCACGUCGCGUAGUAAAUGGCGGCGCGCAGGCACACUCCACGUAUCGCGUCGCAUGGUCGACUACAACCCCGACUUCGCCGUCACUCGCGCUCUAUUUUGCACGCGCACGUGAGACUUUCCUGGUUCCCGGAGCUCCUUACGAACUCACCCUGCCCCCGGCACUUCUUGACGCGUUAUCGGUCGUUCAUGGCCACCCGGAUCCCGCUGUUUUCGCACCUGCACGCGCGCAUGUCGAAGGUGCCCUCCGUGCAAGCCUUCGCAAUUGUGUCCGCGCGGCAUACAGCAAUGUUGGUACAUACCGCGCUGCAUGUGGUAUUGCCGCAGGCAUCUUCUUUCUUCUCGUUGGUACCGUUCCUGCAUUAGCAGUGAAUUUCGCCAAAUCGCAGACUAGAUGGGAACGCCUGGUCAUAUUACCAGGAUUAUGGCUUGGUCUGACGAUCCUCAUCGCGAGUUUGCGCGGGAUCUGUAUGAUGAUUUAUAUUUUUGGUGAUUUUCGGCAGCUCCGCAAAUUUGAACUUGUGAGGCCUCCACCACCUACUACAAACCGCGAGAUCGAGUCGUGCGACGACGAACUUACGCGAUCGCCGACCAUUGUAGCACCGACGCGCCCUGUACGUGCUCUCACUGCGCCUCCCAAAGUUGCUGUACGCAUCCCUUCACAAACACCGACGCUCUCGUACGGCGCUACAACCGUAUCCCUCACUACGGACAUCACUUUCCCGGGAACGAGUACGGGCACCGAGAGUUCGUAUACAAACACAACGUCGCAGACUCAUGCGCAUACAAUCUCCAUCUCGUCUCAAAAGAGUCGUGGUGGUGCAUCCAGUCUGUAUGCAUUCGGAAAUGGUUACACAUGUGGAAACGCAGACACGGACACUCGCUCCGUACCACCGUAUGCAACAGAUGACGAAAGUGUAGACGCAGAGAUGGAUGAUGAUGAUGACGCGGAUGCAAUGAGCAGUGCAAGUGAUCAUGGGAUCUAUAUCUCGCCCGCGAUGCCAUCACCAGAGCCUGAGGAUGAUCCGGCGGUUGUGAAUGCUGCAAUGGCGUUGAUCGCAGGCAGCACGGUCAACGGAUCAGGGACUCUUACGCUUCCUCAAUCUUCAGCGACUUCUCCAGUGUUAUCUGGCCCGUCUGCGUCCACUGCCAUGUCUGGUACUGCUACAGGUACUCCUGUUCCUGCGCUAGCAAAGAAUCAGACUACGCAGACAGCACCGCAAUUACCCACCGCAUCUUUUAUACCUCCAUAUCCUUACUCAGACGCUGACUCCAUAACCAAGCGUGGUCAUUCGCGAUCGCGUACUUGCUCUGGAGGUGUGGGUAAUAGCACUCCCCGAGACCUUGAGGCCGCUGUCUCGUCCACUCCUGUAGCUUCCGCGGUGCAGCGGUCCUGCGCAUUUGACUUUGAUGCGCUUCCACUUGUGACGCCUCCUAUAAGUGUCCCGCAUUCUCGUCCCCGAGGUCCAGACACCCAUAUCGACGUGAACGUAACUGCGAAUGGAGUGAACGACGAGAAGGGAUUGCAACUGCCGUCACCAUCUGGGUACGGCUUAGCCACGGAUUGCGAUCCAACAUCGCCUAUACACUUAGAGGAUGUUGCUGGCUUAUGCGAAAAGGAAGAUGGGAGUCGUUCUAACUCUUCGCGAUCGAAAUGGCGUUCAUCUCACUCACGCUUCCGCCUUCCUUCGUUCCGCAGCCUUUCGGCAACUUUCCACUCCAUGCGUCCAUCAUCUGCAUUGUCUCAAUCUUAUUCAGACUUCACUAGUCUGGGCGGCAAAGAAAGCGAAAAACUUCGUGACUGGCAUUCGCGGUGUGCAAUCGAGAGCCGUGUUCCGGCUUUUGGACCUGUUACGCGAGUACUCGCACCUGAAGUAGCACGCGCUCAGUGGGAGAUUGUUGUACGUGCUGCUGUAUUAGCAACUUUGCUCUGUGUCGUUGUCUGUGGUGUUGUCGUUUCAUUACCUGUGCCCGGGAAGAUUUAGGCGCAAUAUGUGCACCCAGGCCUGCAUUUCCAUCCUUUUUUGAAAUUUCCUUUGCCUUUGGAACCCACUGUCUUUUAUUUCACUCCGUUGUUCACCUUGUCUUGCACCUUGCUAUAUUUCACUUUGACUCCGCGCUAUAAACAAUUACUCUUCACACUUCGUCUUCUGCUCUGUAACCUUAUCCUACCUCCGUGUUCGUUCUGCUCAUUUUCUCACCAAAACAUUCUCUUCUGUUCUCACAAAUUCGUCUUCCUCAUCUUGAUCUGGGCAUCUCCAGUCUACAGUUUUGAACUCCAAUGUUGUACUCCAUCCGUCUUUCUUUGACUCUCUAAAUCUCUUGUGAUCACUAUUCCUCCCCACUUGCCUCCCUCUCUGUGCAAUUUCCGAUUUCUUAUCACCUUCAGUUACCUUAUUAUGCCACUGUCGUUCCCGAUCCGAUCCCCUAUCACUUGGUCUUAUCUCCUCGCUUCUAAGUUCUACAGGUUCUGUCUUCCGCUUGUGCUACUGUUCAGUGUUCUGGUUCCUUUCCCUACGCUAGAUUCCUCUCUCUCUGCUGGUGUUCCUGGUUCUUGUCUUCCCACUGCAUAAGUGUAUUGUCCCGUCCUUUUCAUCAAAUUUGGAUCCCGAAGAUCCUAAGAUCCAAAUUCAGAUCGACGUCUCUUUCUCUGGUCUUCUUAUCCGUCUUUUAC